CCCAGACCGGCGCCCCGCUCGCACAUGCGCAGCAGUAAGUCCUUCUGCCCUUGGGGUUACUUCCUCCUCAGAAAAGGCGGCUGUAAGUCCGUCGUACUUUAACAUAUUUUAAUCCUCACACCUCUCUCGGGGGAAUUUUUGUUUAAAACAGCAGCAGCAGCUAUCUGGAAUUUGAAUCAUUUUGGUUUCCUAUCACUGGAACUUCCCCUUUCAAUCUAAGGAACUUGUCUCCGAAAAGUUGUCAUCCGUUUGUGGUGCAGAUCUCGCGAGAAGGCGACCGUCUCUCGCGUUAUUUCCUUGCUUCCAGAAUCCUUAGCGCGGAGUGGAAGAAGACUCUUUUAGCUCCGCUUCUUUUGAUUACUGCGGUUUCCUCAGCGGCUUCCCAGGUGCUGAGUCUGUGUGAGAAAUGGCGGCCCCAGAACAGCCGCUUCCGAUGUCCAGAGGAUGCCAGAGUUCUGUUUCGCUUUCUCCCCCGCGGGGCGACCGAACCCUUCUAGUGAGGCACCUGCCAGCCGAGCUUACCGCUGAGGAGAAAGAGGACUUGCUGAAGUAUUUCGGGGCGCAGUCCGUGCGCGUCCUAUCCGAUAAGGGGCGUCUGAAACAUACAGCUUUUGCUACUUUCCCUAAUGAAAAAACAGCUGUGAAGGCAUUGACAAGACUUCAUCAACUGAAACUUUUGGGUCAUACUUUAGUUGUUGAAUUUGCAAAAGAGCAAGAUCGAGUUCAUUCACCAUGUCCCUCUUUGGGAACUGAAAAAAAGAAAAGGUCUGAUGAUCCUGUGGAAGAUGAUAAAGAAAAGAAAGAACUUGAUUGUUUAACCAUAGAAAAUGGAAUCGCACCAAACCAUGGGCUGACUUUUCCUCUAAAUUCAUGCCUCAAGUAUAUGUACCCACCACCUUCAAGUACAAUCCUAGCAAAUAUAGUAAAUGCUUUGGCAAGUGUGCCUAAGUUCUAUGUACAGGUGCUUCAUCUUAUGAAUAAAAUGAAUUUGCCUACACCUUUUGGACCAAUUACUACCCGGCCUCCCAUGUAUGAGGACUAUAUGCCAUUACAUGCACCUCUUCCAGCUACAUCUCCUCAGCCACCAGAGGAACCUCCUUUGCCAGAUGAGGAUGAGGAAUUAUCUAGUAAAGAAUCAGAAUAUGAAAGCAGUGAUGAUGAAGACCGUCAAAGAAUGACCAAACUAAUGGAACUGGCAAAUCUUCAGCCCAAAAGACCAAAACCAGUAAAGCAACGCCAUGUGAGAAAAAAGAGAAAAAUAAAGGAUAUGUUGAAUAUACCAUCAUCUGCUUCACACAGCAGUUUACAUCCAGUAUUGUUACCUUCGGAUGUAUUUGACCAACCACAACCUGUAGGUAAUAAAAAAAUUGAAUUCCAUAUAUCUACUGACAUGCAAGCUGCAUUUAAGAAAGAUUUAGAAAAGCAACAGAAUUGUGAAGAAGAAAAUUGUGACUUACCUGCUACUGAAGCUGAUGCAUCUAAUAUAGGAUUUGGAAAAAUCUUCCCCCAACCAAAUUUGAACAUCACAGAGGAGAUUAAAGAUGACUCUGAUGAAAUGCCAUCGGAAUGUAUUUCUAGAAGGGAGUUGGAAAAGGGCAGAAUUUCUCGAGAAGAAAUGGAAACACUCUCAGUUUUUAGAAGUUACGAACCUGGUGAACCAAACUGUAGAAUUUAUGUAAAGAAUUUAGCUAAACAUGUUCAGGAAAAGGACCUUAAAUUUAUUUUUGGAAGAUAUGUUGACUUUUCAUCAGAAACACAACGGAUAAUGUUUGAUAUACGCUUGAUGAAAGAAGGUCGCAUGAAAGGACAAGCUUUCAUUGGACUUCCAAAUGAAAAAGCAGCAGCCAAAGCGUUAAAGGAAGCUAAUGGAUAUGUUCUUUUUGGAAAACCUAUGGUGGUUCAAUUUGCUCGAUCUGCUAGACCAAAACAAGAUUCUAAAGAAGGAAAAAGAAAGUGUUAAAAAUUAGUAAAGAAGCAUCCCUGCGUAAAUACUGCUGUAAUACUGUCAUACAAAGUGUAUCCUUUCUUGUCGUAUCCUUUUGGGGCAGUGUUUUUUUAUUUUCCUAGAAGUGUUUUGUCUCUCCUCAACCCACUGAUCCAGCUUAUGCAAUAAUUUUUUUUUUUACAAUGUACUGAAAUUAUUUCUAAAAUUAUCUGUGUUGAUUGAAUACAUCUUUUAUGUGGUUUUUAUAUUUGUUGCUGAAUUUUCUGUGCUAUCCUUUAGGUUAUGUAGUUUUUCCAGAGAAAGUUAGUGAAUCAGGUCAACUUAUGUACAUGGAGGAUGGAUACAUUUGCUUUAACACAGAUUUUAUUCUUGCUUCUUCUAUUUAUAUAUUUUCUAAGUCUAAUUCAGUAACAAAUGCUUUCUCUUUCAUGAUGUAUAUGGUUUAGGUAUUCUGUAUAACCUAUUAUAAAAUUCUUCCUCCCCCUCCCCCACGCCCAUACAUAUGUUGAAAUUUUAAAUAACUGAAUUUCAGUGUGAAUUCCAAAUAAGAGUAGCAGACAUCUGAGGUUUUAUUAUUGAAAUCUCCUUUGAGAUAGCAAGUAGAAGUAUCUUUUUUCCCUUUCAUUUUCUAAACAAAAUAAAAAGAUUAAGAAAAGAGUAACAGAGAGGAGAAGACAUAAAGUUGACUCAGGGUAGCACAAUAAGUGGAAAGAAACAGUUCUGGUAGGUAUGUAAGAGCAGUGGUUUCCAGACCUGUUGAUAAUCAGAACUGCCCAAACAGUGGUUCUCAAUUUGGCUGCAUAUUAGAAUGACUUGCAGAACUUUUAAAAAAAAAAAAGAAAAAUAAUAAAGUAAAAAGUAUGUUGCUUGGGUUUCUUCCCAGAGUUUUGUUUUAAUUGGCCUAGAUUUCUGCAUAGAUAUCAAUAUUUUCAAACUUCACUGAGUAUUGGUUCUAAUGUGCAACCAAGGUUGAGAACCACUGAGGAAAGGAUUUUUAUACGUUAAGAUUCCUGGACUCUAUCUUGGAACUGAUAGAUGAAAAUAUCUGGAAUCAGGACCAAGAAUCUAAUUUUCCCUUAUUAAUUCUGAGGACUGACCAAUUUAAAUACUGCUUUGUUACAUUAAACUGAUUACAUGGGUCCAAGACAUCACCCUAGCCAUCUAAACUUUUAUUAGUAGGAAAAUACAGCAUUGGAAUCUUUGCAUCCCUUUUCUUACUAAUCCUACAAAUAGUACUAUGAAAACAAUGCAAAAUUCUGUUGUUAAUCAUUAUCACUCAAAAGAUACAAAAAGCACGAGAUAUUGAAAUUGUUGUUGCUUUUUUCUAUUGACACAGUUAAAUAUUUUAUUUUUUAAUGUUAUAAAUCAGUUUACAUGCUGUUAGAUAAUUAAAAUUUUGUUGCACUGACAUGAUUCACUAAUUUUCCAAAUAUAAAUGUUCUAGCUUUUAGUUAUUUUAUAAUAGUGAACUGUUUAAUAAUCAUUAUUUUUAAUGAAUUUUUAUGGUGUUUUAGGUUCCUUUAUCUCUCAAGUACUUUCCACCUUUGUGGAGAUGAAAUUGACCACCUGGACUAUGGAACUGUGCGUAAUAGCUUUUAAAGUGUAUUUAAAAAUUAAAUCUAUAUGCAUUUAAAUCAGUUUAUUAGAGCUCUAUCACAUGUAUUUUAAUCAUCUUCCUCGUAUAAUAAAUUAUUUUCUUUCCAAUUAAAAUAAUGAUCUUAAUUUUUCUUUGUUAUUUAUAUGUUGAGGAAAGUAUAAUUUGAUAAUUACAUAAAUUUUUUAUCAAGUAAUUUUAUAAUACUAAAUAUAAAUUUUCUUUUAUGGUUACAAAUAUUGCCCUUUUUCAUUCUUACUUGUAUACUGAUGCACUUAAUUUUUUUUAUAGUAAUCUUAUUUUUUUCUAAUUAUUCUCCAAGUAGUUUUAUUUGGUUGAAUUUUGAUGAUUUUGAUCUUGUUUGUUUUGAUUUUGUUUUUUCUCUUAAGUGGUGGGGGAUUUUUCACAGGUUAGGAAAUUUGUAUACAUGCCCUAACAGUUUUUCGUUGUUGUGUCUCCCAGUGUAUCAGAAUGUCACUCAGUGGUAUAAAUGUUUCCUAUAUAAAAUUAUUCUGUUCCCUUAGUAAAAUUAAUUUCAGCUGUAUGAUAAGUAGGAAAUAUUGAUAGUUUUAAUGAAUUUGUUCUGGUUGAUACUCUUCUGUGAGUAUGUAGUAACAGUUUUACCUUAGAGUCACUUAGAUCUUUGUUGGAAUGGUCUUGUGUAUCACAGCUUCUUCCCUUUUACUCAUAGCUUUGUGAAAUAAGGUAAGUGAAAAGUUUAAAGGUAGCAAAUAGAAGAAUGGAGAUUUGAACCCUGAAACAAUCUAAUAUUUAGAUGUCAAGUGGUAAGAAAACAUGACUAAGAGUAGAUAAACCCAAGUGAAGAAAGAAGCCCAGCUAGGAAGGAGUGAUUAAAUAUGUUAGGUCUGUUGAUGGUGCAAGAAAGAUGAGUUCCGAAGACAACUGUUAAGGAGUCUUGCUUUCUCAGGGAAUAGUGAAAUGGGUUGUUAAUACAGGGGGAUAAAGAUUGAAAAUAUUGCAGAUUUGUAUGGUCUAAUGUAGUAGAGAAAAAACAGAGACAUGAUGCAGGAGUGAGAGGAAUGUCACUGGAACCAUAGAUUCAGUGUUUAAAUAGAAGGGUUAGUUUUACAGAUGGUGUGUAAACAGUUCAUUAAUAGCAGUGGAAGGAAGGACAGAUUAUAAAGAUCUAGAUAUUUGCAGUUCAGUAUAUCUAAUGGGAGCAUGUAAAAUUUUUGUUGUAUUUUCUCAGUAAAUAGGAAGCAAGGUCAUGAAGUGGAGGGAAGAACUCUUGGGGAAAAAUGGAUUGAGGAAAGAAAAUAUAGAUAUUUAGGGAAGUGAGAAAAAGACACUUAGAAGGAUUGCUGGAUAUUACUUUAAAAGUGCCUACUUGAAGUCCAUGGUUGUUAAUUUAAUUGAGAUCAGUCAAUGUGGUUUUGUGUUUUUCCCAAUUUAGCCUUUGUACUGCUGUUGAGUAAACAGUCAGAUUUUUAAAGUUGGUAUUUUCUCACAUGAAUAUAACAAAAAGGGAGAAGGGAGAAAGUGUUGACAUAAUCAAAAGAAUGAUUAUGAAGGAGGGACAUGGAAAGUAAUUUGGUAAUGAGCAAAUUGAGAAAAUGGCAUUUCAGGCACAAUGGAGAAAUGGUAUGAUCCAUUGAGAUUGCAGUGUGGUUGAAGAUGUGUUGUUAUUUCUUAGAGGUAGGAAAUUUGGGAGGUUGAAGUAGAGUAAGGGACUGAGAUUGAAAAUAUUAGAGCACAGUAAUUAGUGACUUCUGUAAUGUGAGUAUGGUAGUUGAGUGAACUUGAGGUUAUGGAAAGAGAUGAAUUCAAGAAAUUGAGAAACUUGGAUAUCAAAAGGAUCAUAUGCAUAUCAUUAAUUAUGAUAGGGGUAGUGAGCCAAAAGCUAAAUUAUUCCUUGGAAUGUGUAAAUUUGUCAGGUUUAUGACAGUGCACUCCAGUAUUUGUGCCUGGAGAAUCCCAUGGACAGAGGAGCCUUGAGGGCUACAGUUUAUGUGGUCGCAAAGAGUUGGACACAACUGAGUGACUAACACAAACACUACCGAAAAAGAAUGUUUCUUAAAAUCAACCUUAUCCUGCUGUAGUGUUGAGAGUUUCACCCUUAAUAGUUCACUGAAAAAUAGUGUAUUAAAGUGGUUUUACAGGUAUAGGUUCAAAAUUCAAAUGUGUCCAUGCCUUAGUUGCUUUAUGGCUUUUUUUUUUUUUUUUUUGCAUUUUCCAUGGGAGUAAUAAAAAUGGCUAACUUGAGAUUGUUGUAAAGUUCAUUAGAUGGAUAUAAAAUACUUGCAUAUGGUUGUGUGUGUGUGUGUGUGUAUAUAGAGAGUGUCACAUUUUCAAUAAAUAUUAGCUCUCAUAGUGGUGGUUGUGGUGAUUCUCAACUCACCCUGAUACUGAAGGUGAUAAAAAAUUCUGAGAUUUUCAGUAAUUCAGUCAUCUUUGAUUAUCACUGAGAUGCCCAGAUUCUUCCUUGCCACACCUAGGGAGCAAGAGACUAUUUGAAAAGUUGUCUAGAAAUUACGGAGCUGGAGAAGUAACUUACAUAGCAAGAGCCCAAAUAGCUAGUCUGUCAUUGGAUUUUUCAGUUACUUUAAACAAUAAGUACCUUUUUCCUUUUGCCAGAGAGAUUUGGCACACUGGCCAAGUGUGGGUCAGACACAUCACCUCUGAGGCGAGAAGUGAAGUUUCAUAUAAACCAUGUGAAAUGAGAGUUGGGAAUAGGCUUGUUCAUUAAAGGAAAAGCAUAGCACUGUAAAAUCAGAAAAGAAACGUAGAUAUUAGGCAGCUAAAAACAAAUGUUUUGCUACAAUAUGCAGUAUAUAAAACUUUUUGCCAUGUGAUUGUUUUCCAUUUAUGCCUUUUACAAGGGCCUGGACUAGUGUAAAGCAAAGGAGGUUCCUAGGGUAUAAAAUUUAAGGAGGCAUAUACUUUCAAGUAAUGCAAGUGCUCCUCACUGUACCUUAGUCAUUAACAGAAUCAGCAUAAUCCUGAUUAGGUAAAUCACCAAACUAAAAAAAAAAAAAAAAAUGGUAGCAUACAAGUUGGGCUUUCCUGGUGGUUUGUGGUAAAGAAUCUGCCUGGCAAUACAGGAGAUGUGGGUUCGAUCCCUGGGUCAGGAAUAGCCCCUAGAGAAGGAAAUGGCAACUCACUCCAGUAUUCUUGCCUGGAGAAAUCCCAUGGACAAAGGAGCCUGGCGGGCUACUGUCCAAGGGGUUGCAAAAGAGUUGGAUACAACUUAGCAACUAGACAACAACAGCGAAGCAUACAAGUUGCUGGUUUAGAUGAUUUGGAAAGUAUUUGCUGUGCAAGUGAAACUCCUUCAAAAACCAAAGUCUUGAGAGAUUAAGUCUUUGAAAUUUGAAAGGAAGUAAGACAAAGGAAUCAAUACCUAUUAAGCACCUAAAAUUUUAAAGACAUUGUACUGUUUAUGUAUAGUAAUUUGAUCUUUAACACCCUGUAAGAAGAGAACACUUCCCUUUGUGAGUAAUGAAGUUUUUUGAUAAACUUCAACUGUGAGUUAAUAAGAUACUUUAUUACAUUUAAUUGUUUUUACUAAUGCAUG